AUGGCGAUGGGUCGCACGACUCAGUUUACUUUGGACGAGGUCGCUAAACACGCAGAUAAGGACUCAUGCUGGCUAGUCAUCGAUGGUAAAGUAUACGCCGUUGAGAAGUUUCUGAACGAGCACCCCGGAGGCGAAGACGUGCUCCUCGAGACCGCAGGUCGGGACGCGACGCGCGAGUUCGAGGAUGUCGGUCACUCCAAGUCUGCGCGGGAGCAGCUCAAAGAGUUUUACAUUGGUGACGUACGAGAGCCCACUGCAGAGGAACUCGCUGCAAAGCGAGCCGUCCAAGCGAGUGCAGCAGCCGAGAGGCGUGACGGCGAUGGUGUUCGAGCCAACGGUCUGGGAAAAGAGCGACUCUUUGCCGGGGGCGCGUUCGGAGCUGAGCCGCUCUCUGGUGGAUCCAGCACGUGGACGCUUUUGAAACGACUGUUUGUUCCUGUAUGCAUAGCGGUCCUGGUCUAUUUAGUGAGAGAGUACUCGAAGCAGGUGCAGACUGGCGGAUAG